CCGGAAGCUCAUCUUAAAAUGCUAAACUGCCCUUUGGAAGUCGCCGGUCUUACAGUAGUUGAAGUCUGUUCUCGGGCCUGAGCCUCGAGGCCAGGCUCCUGGGUGUCGUUAAUGUUCGGGGCCGGCGGGCGCCAACCGAUCGGAGCUCCACCCGCCGGGAACAGCUGGCAUUUCAGUCGAACCAUGGAGGAACUGGUUCAUGAUCUUGUCUCAGCAUUGGAGGAGAGCUCAGAGCAAGCGCGAGGUGGUUUUGCUGAAACUGGAGAACAUUCUCGAAGUAUAUCAUGCCCUCUGAAACGACAGGCAAGGAAACGGAGAGGGAGGAAACGGAGGUCCUAUAACGUUCAUCACCCAUGGGAGACUGGUCACUGCUUAAGUGAAGGUUCUGAUUCUAGUUUGGAAGAACCAAGCAAAGACUAUAGAGAGAAUCACAGUAAUAAUAAAAAAGAUCAUAGUGACUCAGAUGACCAAAUGUUAGUGGCAAAGCGCAGGCCAUCAUCAAACUUAAAUAAUAAUGUUCGAGGGAAAAGAUCUCUAUGGCAUGAGUCCGAUCUUGCUGUGGACAACCUUGGGAACAGAACUCUGCGUAGGAGGAGAAAAGUAAAACGUAUGGCAGUGGAUUUACCCCAGGACAUCUCUAACAAACGGACAAUGACCCAGCCACUUGACGGUUGUAGAGAUCAGGACAUGGACAACGAUAGAGCUUACCAGUAUCAAGAGUUUGCCAAGAAUAAAAUAAAAAAAAGGCGAUUGAAAGUAAUUAGACAAGGACCAAAAAUCCAAGAUGAAGGAGUAGUUUUAGAAAGUGAAGAAAUAAGCCAGAUCAAUAAGGACAAAAUGGAAUAUGAAGAGCAAAAAGUUUCAGAUGAGCUCAUGAGUGAAAGUGAUUCCAGCAGUCUCAGCAGCACUGAUGCUGGUUUGUUUACCAAUGAUGAGGGAAGACAAGGUGAUGAUGAGCAGAGUGACUGGUUCUACGAAAAGGAAUCAGGUGGAGCCUGUGGUAUUACUGGAAUCGUGCCCUGGUGGGAAAAGGAAGAUCCUACCGAGCUUGACAAAAAUGUACCAGAUCCUGUCUUUGAGAGUUUCUUAACUGGUUCUUUCCCCCUUAUAUCGCAUCCGGGCAGAAGAGGUUUCCAAGCUAGACUCAGUCGCCUUCAUGGAAUGCCUUCAAAGAAUAUUAAAAAAUCUGGAGGGACCCCAACUUCAAUGGUGACCACUCCUGGGCCAGUCAGUAAUAAGAGGAUGGUUCACUUUUCCCCAGAUUCUCAUCAGCAUGACCAUUGGUUUAGCCCUGGGGCUAGGACAGAGCAUGGCCAGCAUCAGCUUCUGAGAGAUAACCGAGCUGAAAGAGGACACAAGAAAAACUGUUCUGUGAAAACAGCCAGCAGGCAAACAAGCAUGCAUUUAGGAUCCUUAUGCACAGGAGAUAUCAAACGGAGAAGAAAAGCUGCACCUUUGCCUGGACCUACUACAGCAGCAUUUGUAGGUGAAAAUGCUCAGCCAAUCCUAGAAAACAACAUUGGAAACCGAAUGCUUCAGAGUAUGGGCUGGACACCUGGGUCAGGCCUGGGACGAGAUGGCAAAGGGAUCUCUGAGCCAAUUCAAGCCAUGCAGCGGCCAAAAGGAUUAGGACUUGGAUUUCCUCUACCAAAAAGCACUGCCACGACUACUACCCCCAAUUCAGGAACACCCACCUAGGAAGAAAAGAAGAGACAUUUUAUGAUUUUUAUUCGCUUAUCCCAUUGUUCUUAAAUUACAACAUGACUUCUGCUUUUGGAGCAGAAAUCUAUAUGCGUCAGACUCAUCACUCCAGCUUCGUAAGUGCAUACAGUCCUGCCACAGUGAUAGAAAUGGGAUUUCAUCACAGUUCAUGGUGCUAAAGUGAACACCUACAUGCUGUAAAGUUUUUCAGCAAUUUCCAGCUAUUUCUAGGUAUAGAGAACAGCCCUUUUAUUUAUUUAGAUCUCAGAUGUCAAUAACUUACCUUUUGCUUGAUUCAUGUAUGUGUGUGAUGUCCAAGCAAAUGUGAGCCCACCACGGAUUACUAAAGUGAGGGAGGUAGGCCAGAAAGGAGCAUGUUUCAUAUCAUGCCUAUAAUCUAAGAGGCCUGUUAUUGCAUCAGUGAAGUUCCCUGCAAAUCUGUGUUGCAUAGGCUUGCUAGUUUCAUAUUCCCUCAUUUUGAGUUUGUUGUGAAGAUUGUCUGAUGGGGUGAUACACCAAUUACUUUUCUGUCUUUGGAUAGGGUGGUGUGAAGUCCACAACUGAUAAAUGGCAAUUAAUGUUUCCCUUAGACGUUUUUAUUUUGAUAAAAUAAACCUCAUCCUCAUUAUCACCAG